AAAAACAACUCACUUGGAUAAAGCUGACGAAACCGGCAGUUUGUUAACCGGAAGUUUUUCACCACAACAAAGAUGGCGGCCUCCUGUUCUGUAGUGUGCUGCGGAGAAGAGAGAGACUCGGACAAAGCAGUGAUAUUUCGAUUUUCCAAUGGAGGCGUCCAGAAUGCAGAGAAACUGCAUUUCACAAUGUACAAGAGUGCCGAUGAGGUUAACCCUCGGAAAAAAACUAGACGGAUACUGGUGGCUGAAUCAGAAAGGCUGUCCUAUGUUGGGCAAAAUUUUGGAACAGGUUCCCUUAAAUGCAACAGUCUUUGCAACUACUAUGUUGGAGUAUUGAAUAAACAGACCAUGCAAAUGGAACUGCACAGUGCACUGCUCUUCAACAUGCAACCUAUUAUACCCGGAGAAACAACAGUGACAACAGAGGAGACAACUCAGACCCACAAAGAAAAGGUUGACUCCCUGAUUGAGGCGUUUGGUACCAACAAACAGAAGAAAGCUCUGAACUCUCGCAGGCUGAACAUGGUGAACAGUGACAUGCUGCAGCAGGCAGUGAUAAAGGCUGCCAACACCGUCAUUGAUGAGAAGGGUCUGGAUGCUCUGCAACGGGAAGUUGCUGAGACAGAGUCGCAGGCAGAUUCUGCUCUCCACCUUCCUCCAUGUAACUCGGAGGCAGACAUGCCUGAGAAUGUCUACCCAUUGGAUGGACUCCUCAGUCCUGUGGAAUUCAAGGCAUUGGAAGAAGCUGGUUCCAAGAUGGCAGCGCUCACUAGCGAAGAGCUGCAGACUAUGAAAGAGAACGGAGGGGUUAUGUGCGUCCUGAAGCACCUGGAGAACCUACCCAGUGAUGAUGAAGCCCGAAAGAAGAUGGCAUGCUGCGCAUAUUACCUUUCUAUGCUUCUCAAACUAUCACGGCAGAAGAGCAUCAGCCGCAAGUUUGGCAUGGAGGAAGGCUGCCCUCGCAUUGUGCAAAACAAAAUAUUCCGGACAUUCACAGUGGAGACUUUCAACAAUGGCAGGGUCCUUAACAUGGUGUCUGGUUCAAUGCGUGUCAAAUUAGCAGCAUAUUGCCUGGUUCUGCUGCUCCAUAUGGGUGACAUGACUGCUGACCUCACAUUAUUGCAUCGAGACAUGGGAUUCACCGAGGCCAGGAUAAUCGAAGUUGCAAAGUCAAUGGGGCUGACCCUGGUGAAGAAGCCCCGUGGAAAGAACAUCGUAGCUGGAUGGCAGGAUGAACACAAACAGGCUUCUCUCAUCCUCCCUCUAGUCAAAUAUGAUCACUUUGUGGAGAGAAGGAAACGCAAGAAGAUGCAUUAAAGACCGACAAAGGCAAAGUUGAGAAUUGUUUAUUAGUGAACAAAUAAAGUUAAAAUGUGAUUGUAAA